AUGCAUUGGAAAGGAUUACGACUCGGCGCGUUAUAUGACAGCGAAUCCAAACGAAACUUGGCCGAACCGCAGUCCCGCCAUAGCGAGCAGCUAGCUCGGUCUACCCUCUCAGCAACGAACCUACCACCGCGAAUAUCCGAGUCCUCCGCUCGUUCACCACUUUAUGCAGGGCAGGAUGAUGAUGACCAUGGUGAGCCGGAGCAGGAGAACCAUGGUGCCCUCGCUGCGGGGAAUACGUCGCUCAAGAGCAAGAUCCCCAAUGCACUACACUCAAGUUGGGACCCCUUGAAUCGCCGCGGAAACCGUUUCAGCCUCAUGAGGCUUCGCCAUGCUUCUGACCCUCAACUGUCAAAAUCUUAUGCUAAAGGAGAAGCGGACGUUCCGCCAGUGCCGAGUAUACCUCCUCCUACCAUAAUCACCACCGCACCCACAAGCCAUGAACUAGACCAACCAGUAAAGCGAAAGAACAAAUUCUCGAUUUUUCCAGACUCAAGGAAGUCUAUGGAAACAUUGCCAGAACAACGACCCGUCCGCAACGAUCAGGCCAAACAGUCUCAAGACUCAACCGGGUCGCAGAGUGCCGAUACUUCAUUGACAGCAUCGAGAAUUAGUACUGAAGAGCCGGGGCGCCUCUCAACAACAUCAAUUCGAAGUGCCGGUCGCGAUCGACCCAACGGUUCACAUCGCUCUUCCGUGGUGGAUGUCCGAUUCUCCGAGUCUUCUCGCUCCGAUCAAAGCGCUGGAAACAACAAUGACAUUUCUCGAACAAACUCGCCAAUCGGGGGCACAGGCCCUGGUACAAAAAGGUUUCGCAUGCCCCGCUUGAAGAGAAACCGCGUCCAGUUCCCGCUACCUCCAAAACCCACCGCGGACGAUGGACAGGUACCGGCCUUAACCCAGUCCAGAUCCGUCCCUGACGGGCCAGCUCGAAGGUCCGACGCGUCGGAUGCACAGGACCACAUCUCCCCAUUACCAUCUCCUUCUCGGUCAUCUGCCGGUCUAUCGGCCACGCGUCCGCCUUUUGCGCGAAAUGAUUCAACAAACUCCGCCCAUUCCCUGCAUUCUUCGCCCUCGGUUCGAGAUGGGCUCAACCGACGUUUGUCGACCAAAAGAGCAAGGUCGUCCACUCUGGACUCGGUCACCAACAUACGGGAUACCGAGCCGCAACCAUCCCCUAACCAACCCUCGUCUGGCAGAACCUCGUUCUCAACUACCGGCCGUAAGAGCUUUGGUGACAUUUUCGGCAUCACCCAACGCUUGCGACAAAACUCGGAACCAGGUUAUUUCCGAACCAACAGUUCACCCGGCGGUACAAAAGCCGCGCCCUCACCUCUUACUAAAGUCAUGUCUUAUCCAAAACGAGAAGAUGGUGACACUCCCGCUACCUAUCUUGCACGAUUGGAAGAGACCAUCCCAAAGAGCACAAUUGCUGGAGUUCUUUCUCAAUCGGGCGAGGACUUCUACAAAAAUGCGUUGCGAAAGUUCAUGCGCGGAUUCUCUUUCUUCGGCGACCCUAUUGAUAUGUCGAUCAGAAAGCUCUUGAUGGAAGUUGAAUUGCCAAAGGAGACCCAACAAAUUGAUCGCUUUCUACAAAGCUUUGCAGACCGAUAUCACGAAUGUAACCCGGGGAUCUUCGCAUCUACAGAUCAAGCAUAUUUUAUCGCUUUCUCCAUUCUCAUCCUACAUACGGACGUGUUUAACAAGAACAACAAACGUAAAAUGCAAAAAGGAGAUUAUGUCAAGAAUACACGCGGCGAGGGCGUGGCAGAAGACGUCUUGGAGUGCUUUUAUGAGAACAUAUCUUACACACCUUUCAUUCGUAUCGAGGACUCCAACCUCAGCACACGCCACUUGGCAAAGCCUAAAAAGGCUUUGUUUCGGGUCCCGAGUGCUGAGAAUCUUUCCCGUGCAUCCAGAGGAGAGCCCGUUGACCCUUACGCUCUGAUUAUGGAUGGAAAGCUUGACUCCCUACGGCCAAGUCUGAAGGAUGUCAUGAACCUAGAAGAUCCAUACGGCUGCAAUCCUACUACAGGCCCGGCAGAUAUUGACAGCUUACAUCGGGCUUUCGCUCAGUCAGCUAUCUUGCAGAUCGUCUCUGCGCGAUCCCGCCCCGAUGCUUUCAUGCCGGCUAGUAUGGAAAAUCCCGCUGAUUCCAACCCGGGAUUGGUGGACAUCAAAGUUGCUAAGGUUGGAUUGCUCUGGCGUAAAGACCCAAAGAAGAAGAAAGCUCGCUCCCCCUGGCAGGAAUGGGGCGCCCUUCUUACCUUGUCGCACUUGUAUUUCUUCAAGGACGUGAACUGGGUGAAGUCCCUCAUGGCUCAAGUCGACGCUCACCAGAAAGAAGGUCGCCGGCGCGCUGUGGUGUUCAAGCCUCCAUUGAAUAACUUUAACCCGGUUGCGAUGAUGUCUACAGACCAUGCAGUGGCUCUACUGGAUUCCAGCUACAAGAAGCACAAGCACGCUUUUCUCUUUGUACGUCCGAAUUCCCUCGAAGAGGUCUUUCUAGCCAACAACGAGACGGACAUGAAUGACUGGCUAGCAAAGCUCAAUUAUGCGGCAGCGUUUCGCACUACGGGGGUCGGAGCAAAAGGCAUGAUGACCAAAUAUGACGCCCAACGCAACCGAAUGAGUCGUCGGCCCUCAUUCCAGUCAGAAAUGUCUCGAUUUUCUCUAGACAAAGAAGCCACCUCUCCAAGUUCUGGUGUAGGUGCAGCCGAGGAGUUUAUGACGGCCAGAACAAAGCUCAUACAACAGAAGAUCAGAGAGGCGAACGAGACGCUUUUCAUCACCCAGAAACAACUCGAUGACAUUCUGCGGAACGCUAGGCAUCUCCAAGUUUUGACUCCUGUCCAUACACGUGCGAGAGAACAGCUAAUCAUGGCUGCCGGCCGCAUGUCGGCGAAGCUCAAGUGGGUAAGGCAGGACAUCUGGCGCACUAAAAGUCACCGAGAGGUACUGGUACGCGAUCUAGGCGAGGACAACGAUCAAGCUGGUAUGGCACCUGAGCCACAGCGUCUUCGCUUGGAAAUACCAGCGUCCAACUCACUUUCUGGUAAUGGGGGUGAGGCGGUCUGGGAUAAACAGUUGUCCCCAAUGAUUACAAAAUCUCCAAGCAUUGCUCCUGAGAACUCACCGUCAGUCCAACAAAUGUCGUCGCCAUCAUCUAGUGUUGGUGGCGUACGACGACCCAGUCUAGCUACCUCCGUGACUUCGCCGGAUGUCAUGCUGCGUGCAGGCAGAUCGCCGUCAGUAGACAAUGUCAAUGAGCGAGCAAAUUCGGUUUCGCCCAAUCCACCAUACCCGUUGGAGCGUGAGGCUUCGGUGCUCAGUUCUGGCAGCAAGAUGGACGUUUCGAGCCUAGCCUCUAAGACUUCGAAGUUAACACUUCCCGGAAGCUGCGAUGAUGGCGAAGAGCGUCUCCUCCGUGAGGUUGGACUGUUGGAUUCGAAUAAGUCUUCUUCUCGCAAAGGGUCGGUGACGGUCGAUGGUGUGGAUUGCGAGUCGAAGGAGGAUGCUCCCGAGGGAUCCCAGGAUCGGAUGAGCCGGGUCCGCCACAGCUUCCACCGUACGUUACGCGAUUCGUCCGGCGGCCAUCACUAUCCUCGUAGUAGGAAACGAGACUCUACACCGAGUGUUACCGCUGUAGAAGACAGUCAAGGCUCCAGUGAAUCGGGCGGUCUCUCCCGCAAGGGUGGCAGCUUCACUGUGCAUGGCAAAAAGGCAUCCAUAGUGACUUUCGGCUCUGACUGGCAGAAUAUGCCACCAGAAGAGCGCCUGAAACUUCGAAAACCUACCCCUUUUGAAGAGCCGCGAGCGUCGGACACGGAUCUCGUUAGCGGUGGAGAAUCAACUCGCUCCGGAUUGCGGGCGUCGUUGGACAUCCCAUUGAGACUUUCCGAGGAGAAAGUCGAGGAUCGACUCGAUACGCGCUCAGUCCUCUCCGAGGGCGCAGUUUCCGCAGCCUCUCACGAACUCAUCUCGCCGUCAACGAUCAUCCAUGAAGGUUCUCCCUCCGUGGCGGUUCAGCAAAGUCCCGUUGACGAACCCCCGACACCAAAGCUACCACAAGCCAUCCACGCAUAA